AUGCCUACCCCCGAGUCCGAGCAGUUUAAGGCCCAGAAGCCUACCGUCGCUCCCACCUUCAACGGCGUCGACUACGAUGAUACCAAGGCCUUCAAGGCUGCUGAGGAUUCCCUCAUUCGGGAACAAUGGGUCGGCGCUAUGAUGACCCGACUUGUUGGCGAGGAGCUGAACAAGUGCUAUGUCCGUGAGGGUGUCAACCACCUCGAGAACUGCGGCCACCUCCGAGAGCGAUACCUCCAAUUGCUUAAGACAAACAAGAUCAAGGGCACCAAGUUCUUGCAACAAAACUACGUUGAUCAGAAGGAGCAAGACCUCGACCGGGCUGCCAAGGUACACACAAGCGACAAGAUCGCCAAGAUGAACUUUGACCGAUUCUCUUCCGCCCUGCGGCGCUCACAGCCUAUUCUGCGUCAAUUCUCGACAACAACACCUUUCCGAUACGCCGAGCCCAAGCUUUCGACCCCAGUUACAGUACCUGGCGAGGCCCCCAAGGAUACUCCCGUCCCACGAUCACAAUGUGUGGCCGGAACUGUCCUUACCGGAUUGAACUAUACCAAGGCGGGACAGGACCCUGUUGCGAAGCACGACGAUGAGUACCCUGAGUGGCUAUGGAAUUGCUUGGAUGUGUUGAAGAGGGACGCUGAUGCGGCGGAUGAAGGGGCCGGAGACGAAUUCUCAAAAUCUAAGAAGCAAAGAAAGCUGGCAGCGAAGCGACAGAAGGCUCACGAAGCCAAGCUAUUGGCCGAAGGCAACCUUGAAGCUUUAGCUCCCAAGGUCCCCAUCCAGCACCAGUCUAUUAACGUCCUCGGAGAGGAGAACAAGGGCGUCGAUCACAACGUUGAGGCUGCACAGAAGCGAGAAGAACUUAAGAGGGCGAUGCGCAAGGAGAGAAAGGCCAAGAUUAAGGAAACUAACUACCUCAAGUCUAUGUAA